UCGUACUCAUAGGCGUCUGUUUAUGUUUUAUGUGGCCCCGCAAUGAUACGCCUCAGUAAAGGAUAAAAGCACGACGAUUACAAUACCGUAUCUCAGUGUGCUAGAGUCGUGCUUACUGUUCCAGAACCGUCAGUACUGUCACCGUGCUUAGGAUUUAGCUGACGAGCGAAGAACGAAAUGCGCAACCGCUGGAAUAUCGUUAAUUUCAUCAUCGUGUUUAUUGCCAUGCUUGGCGCCAGCAGCGGACGGGGCGCACAGCUCGAAGCUUCCAUACCUAAAGGAAACUUAACCACUGAGCAGUCAGCGAAUCACCUAUCACCUGUACCUCCAAAACUCAUCCACGUUGCCUUGCUCUUCCGUCAUACGGUUCGCGCACCGCGACUUUUACCAAUAAGUGACCCUCUACUCCGGUUGGAAUCCUUUCCGCGUGGCCUAGUACGGAGUACACGUAAAGGACUUCAAGCCGCCCGCAAUACGUCGCUCAUCUGGAAAGACUGGUACAAAAACUUCCUCACUGGCAACCCAAACGAGGUUUUCGCACGCAGCUCACAAGCCGAACGAUGCUAUGAGACACUCGCCAUGGUACUGCAUUCAUGGUAUCCCUCACCUGAUGACAUUCCUCUCAGCCAAGUGGCAAUCCGAAUGCCCCCACGUGGCACGGACAAAUACGUAGAGAACUGCGGUCAAAUGGCGUACACAGCUCGCCUUUACAACCCACAACAUCCAAUUCCGCACGAAAUUGCCAAGGAAGAAAACUUCUACACAGUUGGCCAGUACGUCGAUUUCCUCAGAAACAUGACAGGUGAGCAUAAUCAAUCGUUGAGCUACUUCUACAUGGCAUACAUGGAAGGCUUCGUGUCGAUUGACUUCGAGCAUCGAUUUACUAAAGAUGAUCACUGGAUAUUGAAGUACCCCAAGACAAGAGAGUUUUCCCGACUUUAUAUUCUCGAAAUCAGUAUCGACGUGCUCGGCCCUUAUUACGGGCACCACCUGUUAAACGGAAUCGCCGAUCAGCUGCAAAGCUCCUCAGAAGGCAGCUCUAAAUUUAAGCUGUCCCUCUUUUCGUUUCACGAUAUCAGUGUUCUUUCGUGUCUGCGUGCGUUAGGCAUCAGAAACAAGGCUGCUGAGCCACUUUCCACAAUGGCAUUCGAACUGUGGAAGCAUGAGACCCCUGGUAAGACUGAUCAAUUCCGUGUGGCUUUAAGAAUGAGUGAAGGCCUUACAACUAAUUGGGUCUAUCAGCCGGAUGAGUACCUAAAAAUGAAGAACGCCGGUGGCCAGGUAAUUGACGAAUUAGGUGAGGUUCUUCACAUUAUGAGAACCUUUUACGAGCAUAGGCUCAAUAUAACUAAUUGUGGAUAUUUUGGUAAUGAUGCCAAAAUUUAACUUGACGAGUGUCUAAGAAAUGUUACCACGGUUGAUAUUUAAAGUUGAUUUUAAAAAUCUUCGCAACAAUUCAGGUAAGGCUGUGAUUUGUACUGAAAACGUAUCGUGUUUGCCUAAGCUGAGUUGGUUCAAGAGUUAGCCACUUUUCGAAACGUUCAGUCGGUGAAGUUAAAUAUCAUUACAUAUUUCACCGAUUGAAACAAACACCAAUUCUAGUUAAAAUGAUUUAAUAGCUUUUUUAAACUCGAACUCAAUAAAGUUAUGUAUUUGCAUUCAA